AUGGGCGACCCCGAGCAAAGUUUACUUUACGACCAGCAUGACCCGGAGGCCGAGGCGAGGCUGGAAACGGGGCGGGACAGCGAUGCCCUGGGCCCGCCGAGCGCCGGGUACGAGAGCCUGCGGUCCGGGGCCUCCGCGUACCAGGACCUGGGCGAUGGGAAGCUGGGGUUCGAAGACCAGGAGGAAGAAACCCUUCCCGAGCAGGUGGCCGGGGAUGAAUUCCUGGAUGCCGGGUCCCCCAGUCCCCGGGACCCAUGCGUCAUCCUAGGGCUGUCCGUGUCCAUCACCCCGAAGCUCCCCCGCUCAUUGGUCGCCAGAGGGAGGAAAGGCGGCCGGCGGCUCUGGGAGCUGGCGAAACCCAAGACCACCUGGCAGGUCCUGAGAGACAGGCCAUCCGUGUACUGGACAGACAGGUUCCUGGAAGACACCACCCUCACUGUCACCGUGCCCGCUGUGUCCCGCCGUGUGGAGGAGCUGGCCCGGCCCAAAAGGUUCUACUCGGAGUUUUACAAUCAUUGCAGGACCAACCCUGUCUGGCCCGUCCCUCGGUCCACCCUGGAACACCACGCCUCCAACCGCCUGCGGGAGCUGGCCACCCCGAAAGUCCGGAACAACAUCUGGAGCACCCACAUGUCUGAGGUGUCCCAGGUGUCCAAGGCAGCCCAGAUGGCCGUCCCCAGCUCGAGGAUCCUCCAGCUGGCAAAGCCCAGGACUCCGGCCACCCUGCUGGCAGAGUGGGACCCCGUACCGAAACCCAAGCCACAUGUGUCUGACUACAACCGGCUCCUUCACUUGGCCAUGCCCAAGUCCCAGUCAGAGAAGUGUGUUCCUGACCGAGCCCCGCGCUGGGAGGUGCUGGACGUCACCAAGAAAGCAGUGGCCAGUCCCCGGAUCAUCUCCCUGGCUAAGCCCAAGGAGCGCAGGGAUGCCAACGAGGGCUACAACCGGCGUCCCCUCGCCUGCAGGAGCUUGCCAUCCCCAAGACCAUCACCAAAAAAGUAUGAGUACCCAGGCCUGGCCUGA